AUGGACUUAUCUCGUAACAAACUAAAUGGGCUUAUUCCAAAAUAAUUUACUAUCGCCGUCUUUCGAGAAGAAUGAAAUGUGCUCCAUUAGUAUUUCACCGGUCGUUCACUUGUGUGGACCUGUUUAUCUUUCGUGAUAUUAUUUAAACCAUAAGAAAUUGCUGAUUAGCAUGGCUGAUAAAUUAGUUGAUAUACCAAUCCAAGACUUGACAAGUCUGCGAGAUCUUUAUCGUGAGGAUUGGCCUAAGUAUAGUAUUGGAUAUGGCACUGUAGACACAUACGUGAGGUGGCUGAAUAAAGACCCUAACAUUCCUCAUAUUCGAAUUUUAUCAUUGAAUGGUGACUGGAGCGAUGGCACUUUUAUUAUUACGGACUGGAAUAUGCUCUUCGCCAACACACGUAGCACCGAUUUCACUCGUCUAGAAAAAGCCCUGUCUCUUAUAGAUUGGAGCAAAGGGUACACUAUUGCUUCCAUAGGAUCAAGGCUACUGGAUCUGAUAUAUAAGUUCGUUAAGGAAAACAACGUUGAUGUUAAUUAUAUAAAGGGUACAAAAUGGUUUCGGAUGCCCCACGAUGAAGCUGCGAAACUUAUCGUAAAUCCUCCUGAUGGGAUUAUACUUAGACCCCUAACUGCGGAGGAUGUAGCAACUGCCAAUGCCUUAUGGCCCUUCAGAUAUCCUGGCUCUUCAAUAUUUUUAAAACGUAUGGCAAAGUAUAAUGUUAGUGUUGGAGCCUUUACAUCGGAUGGAGAGUUAGUUGCAUGGUGUUUCAGAAUUCCAGUAGGUAGUCUUGGAACUCUUGAAGUAGUGGAAUCACAUAAACGAAAAGGACUUGGCAGUUUGAUAGUUCGUGCUAUGGCAAAAGCUAUUGGCGAAACUGGAUAUGAUGUCUUUGCGCCCGUAGUCGUUGGCAAUUAUCCGUCACUGAACAUGUUCGAGAAAUUGGGAUUCAAAGUGGUUGAUACCAUGAACUGGCUACCGCCAACUACACCCGGGGACUGGGACGACAACGAGCAACACUACUAGAAAAUUAUUAUUAUUUAGAGGAAUUAUCUAUCUGAAAUUUUUGCACCCCUGUUCAAAUACGUGUAUGUGUAGAACAAUAGACUGAGACAACAGA